UGCAAAUAUGCAAAUUCCGAAACACCCGUUGGAACGUUCAACGUUGUGAGAUCCCCUUUUCACUGUCCUAGAAUAAACAAAACCUUCAUUUCAGGCACCUCUGCAAAGUUUACACCCAAGAAUCACUCAUCCCAUGUGAAAAAUGGGCGCCCUUUGCAAGCUGGUUGAUGCCGCACUCUUCAUCUUCUUCCUCUUUAUCGCCAUUGUAGCGCCGCUCAUCGACGGCCAGACGUGCCUUCCCCAGCACCUCUUUCCUCCCUUUUUGAAGGAGCUCAAGAGCUGGUACGCGCAAGAGUAUGGCGACUACUUGAUCUCUGAAAAGCCACAUUUCUUUGUGGGGAUUGUUUGGUUGGAGCUUAUCUUCCAGUGGCCUCUCGCUGUUGCCUCUGUGUAUGGCAUUGCUGCUGCCAAGACUUGGUCCAGCACCACCUGUUUGAUGUAUGGGGUCUCCACUUUGACUUCCAUGGUUGCCAUACUAACCGAGCUGACAUUGUCCAACCGAGCAUCUGAUCAGCUGUUAAUGAUGUACUUCCCGUUUUUGGGCUUCGCGGUUCUUGCUUUGUUACGUGGUCUGCUCACUUGUUCAGGCAAGAGCAUGACAAUCGGAAAGAGACCUGUACUAAAUAGAAAGAAGAGGGCUUGAAAUCAAGUUUGUGCUCUUCCUUGAGUGGCUGAGAAUUUGUUUCUGCUUCACUAAUUUCUGAGAGCCUGAAAUGCUUCUCGAUUUUGCAGUUGGUUUAUAUAUGGACAUGAAAUCAAGUUGUAAGCACUCCUUCGUACUGCGUUUUUUUUAUACCUGCAAUAAAAUCACUUAUUCCACAAAUUGCUGGGAUUCUGAAUAA